UUAUACUUUCACUCACAGUGUGAAACAGUAAAGUGUUGAACUUAACUACACCUGAGUGUCUUCCUUCACAGUGUGGCACAGUAACUUGUUGAACUUUAUAGUGAGGGAAGGUGACUUGUUGAACUUGACAAUGAAGUCAACGACGAUGUGUGUACUGGUGGUGAUGCUAGUGGGAAGCAUCAUGGGGAAGUUGUCUCCACCUGAGAGGUCCUAUAAGAUCCUCAUGCUCCUCCCAGUCUCCACCAGGAGUCACAGGAAUGUCUUCAUGCCUCUCGCUGAGGCUCUGGCCGACCGUGGACACAAGAUAGUGAUGUUGACCAACCAACCGAAGUCGUCCAAACAUCCUAACAUUGAAGAUAUUCCUCACGACCUCCCAUACUUCAGGGAGGAAGAUAUUAACUUUUUUGAGAACAGUAAGAACCCCAGUGGAAUCUUCCAACUCUUUGAAACUGCUCUGCCAACUCUUGCUAGGGAGUUGUAUAAAGUCCCCCUGGUGAAAGAUCUUUAUGAAAGAAGAAAGGAAUUUGAUGUUAUUGUGAUUGAUCAUUUGUUCAACGAGGCUGUAUAUCCCUUCCUGCACGAAAUUCCAUUCAUUACCCUUUCAACGUCAGGGAUGGAACCACGUCAGAGCUCCGUUCUGGGGAACGUUCUCAACCCAGCCUUCGCCCCUAAUUUCUUGGAGGACUACCCAAGACCCAUGAGUCUCUGGCAUCGACUCUACAAUACUUUCGUACACAUUGGGUUUCCGCUUUACUGGAGGAAAUGGAGCGUUGUGCCACAGAUACAAAAAGAGAUCUCAGCUCAGUUCCCGGAGCUGCCACUGUUGUUGGACCUGGAGAGGAACGUGAGUUUAUCGCUGCUCAACAGUCACUUUUCUAUCAGCACACCACUGCCUCUCCUGCCCUCACAGGUGGAGGUGGGCGCCAUGCACUGUCGUCCCGCCAACCCUCUUCCUGAAGAAUUAGAAUCGUGGAUCACAGGAGCGGGAUCUUCUGGCGUAAUUUACUUCAGUUUGGGAUCUGUUGCUCGCAGUACCACAAUGCCAGUCCAGUACCGCGACCUCUUCAUCCAGGCUUUCCGCAGGCUGCCACAGCGAGUCAUCUGGAAAUACGAGGAAGAGCUGGAGGACGUCCCUGACAACGUGAUGAUCAGCAAGUGGCUUCCCCAGCAGGAUAUUCUUGCUCACAACAACGUGAAGGUGUUCAUCACACACGGUGGUCUCCUCAGUAUGCAAGAAGCCAUCUACCACGCCACGCCACUCCUCGCUCUACCUAUCUACGGUGACCAACCCAGGAACAGCAUGUUUAUUAAGAGAUCUGGAUUAGGAAACUUUUUGAUAUGGGAAGAACUUACUGUGGACGUGAUCGUUGACGCUCUCACCAAAAUUCUUAACGACCCUAGGUAUGAGGAAAAUGUGCUGAGGAUAUCGGAGCCGCUGCGGGAUCAACCUGUACCACCUACGGAGCUGGCAGUGUUCUGGACGGAGUACGUCAUCCGUCACAAAGGUGCGCCCCAGCUGAGGUCACCAGCAUCACAGCUCUCCUGGGUGGAGUUCCUCAUGCUGGACAUAAUCUUCCUCUUCCACCUGGCUAUGUUUGUUCUUCUAUUCAUUCUACGUCGCAUCGUCAGAAUCAUAACUGAUAAAAUCUUCGGAAGAGACGGCAAGAUAAAGAAGAAAAAUGAUUAGAAAUACAUAAUUGUAGGCCGGAAUAGAUUGUGUACCAAGAUUUUAUGGUGUUUUCGGCGUUUCUUUGAUAUUUUUUUUACCUAACACUAGUCUGGCACUGUUUAUGCCAGUGUACCAAUAUGUAUAGUGAAAUUAUGUUUUUAAGGUAUUCAUGCAUUUUUACAGUUUUAUUUUUGGAAAAUAGUUAAUUGGAUUGAAACCCUGUAUUAAAAUUAUCUAUCAGAAUACACAUGAUGACAUAUACACCUCUCUUCUGCUCCUUUAAUUGUUCCUCGUUUAUUUCUUAAUUAUAAUUAUAUUUUAACUAAAUUAUAUUUUCCCGACAAUUAAAAUAGCUUUUGUGUGAUAAUCAUGUAAUGGUUUACAUUUUUUUACAUACGACUUUAGUUUAGUGAUAAAUCCAUAAUUUUUUUCUUAUUACAAAUAAAAAUUUCAGACUGUCUGUACACUCAUAGUAAAGUCUGCUGGUAUUACCUCAUUAUUUCUUACAAGUAGAUAUUUUCUUGAGUUAUGAUUACCUAAUAUUUCAAAGGAUGAAGAAACGGAUGAUAGAUUACUAAUCUAUUCAUAAAUUUGAAUACUGAAUUUAUGUUAAUUAAUUUAGUUAAGAAUGAAAGUCUAACAGUAUCUGUGGCUAACUUGGGAACCUUCAGUUAAGUGGCAGCAAUAACUGUCUCAGGUCAGUUAUGUUCGCCAGAUAAACAACUCGGUCCAUUAACCUUUAUAAUAAUCUGAAGGAUUUCUUGUUACACGAAUAUGGUAAAACUGAAGGACAGGUUCAAAAUUAUUAUUAUAUUUGUAUGACACAUUGAAAAUUAUUAUUGUAAUUCAAGGACAAGUACAAAAUAAUUAUUAUUAUAUGUAAAAGAGACGAUAAAAAUUAAUAUUGUAACUGAAGGAUACGUUCAAUUUUUUUUGUGAUAAUUGAAGGACGCGUUCAAAAUUAUUUUUGUAAUUGAAGGACGCGUUCAAAAUUAUUAUUGUAAUUGAAGGACACGUUCAAAAUUAUUAUUGUAAUUGAAGGACACGUUCAAAAUUAUUAUUGCAUCUGGUGGAUCUCUGCUACCAGAUUCAUAACAUCAACUUAUUUACUGAAGUUGCAAAUCCACUACAAUCUGACCUUGUUAACUGACUAAACAAUAGUUGUUGUUCUAGGAAUUGAAUGCAAGAUGCCCUUUAUAUAAACACCAAGUUUAACUCCAACAUUAAACAUCGCCAGUUUUAAGAUAAUGUUCGUAAUAAAGUUGAUAGAAUUACCGACAAUAUGUAAAGUAAAAGGACACAAGUGGCUCUGGUGGCUCUGGUGGCCUGGUGGUUAACGCUCUCGCUUCACACGGUGAGGGCCUGGGUUCGAUUCCCAGCCAGAGUAGAAACAUUGGACGUGUUUCUUUCCACCUGUUGUCUAUGUUCCCCAUCAGUAAAAUGGGUACCUGGGUGUUAGUCGACUGGUGUGGGUCGCAUCCUGGGACACUGACCUAAGGAGGCCUGGUCAGAGACAGGGCCGCGGGGGCGUUGACCCCCGGAACUCACUCUAGGUAAGUGCAACUAAUGUGACAUUUUAUUGUGGCAACGUUUCGCUCUCCAGGAGCUUGAUAAAGCUCCUGGAGAGCGAAACGUUGCCACAAUAAAAUGUCACAUUAGUUGCACUUGUGUCCUUUUACUUUACAAAAUAAUGUUUCCUGACUGUUACUUUGCCUUUUGAGAAAAACUUAAUAUAAAUUUCUGUGUUUCACAAAUAACCAACAGCACCAUGUUCUAUUGCUUAUUUAUGUAUCAUUCUGUAAAAAUCUGUAUCAGAUAAACUAUAAACUCAAUUCAAGUCGUAAGAAACUAUUGUCAAUGAGUAUACAGAAAUAUGGACGGGGAGAUUGAACUGUGGUCCGCAGAUUAAUAUAACACAUGGAGCCGACCAUGGUUCGAACCCCUAGUCUUCCUAGAUAAACUUUUACUAAAUUUUGCGACACGGUCUCUGGAAAAUCAUCUUGAGUAAUUAUAUCCCCUCAAGGAAGGCUCCUUGACGUUGGUGAGGGGCUCUUGAUUUAGGGAAUUGGAUCUGUGCUCCAGUUCCCCGAAUUAAGCCUGAAUGCCUUCCACAUCCCCCCCCCAGGCGCUGUAUAAUCCUCCGGGUUUAGCGCUUCCCCCUUGAUUAUAAUAAUAAUAAUUGAGUAAUUAUAUUUAACUGCAUUGAAUUAGUGUUCCUCUCACUUAGAGGCAAAUUUCCUGCCUGUUCUCCCUUAUUUACUUCCUCAUAAAAAUUCCAUAACUCUCCCAUACUACUGGCUGCUCUUUGGAAAUUAUUGAUAUAAAAUUAUUUGCUCAUAAAGUAAUAAUAUGGAAUUUCUGAGUUCUUUAACUGAAUAUCAAUUGUAACCUGGACACGAAAAGGACUGAAAAUAGUGGCAAAUUAAACUUUUUCAGGAUGAAUACCA